UCACAAUUGGCGAGUAGUGAUGCUUUGUUUGUGAAGUUUUCACAAAAAGUAAAGACAGAGUACGACGGUAUGUCCCUGCAACUUGUAUAUCAGAACUUUGCUGGAGAGAUGUCCACUGUGAAGAUAUCGUGUUCCUCCAGACAUCCCAAGUCAAGGCGUUUCACAAGAGAGGUUGAUGAAACUUUUUUGGAUCUUUGGGAUUUUCAAGACAUUGCACCAUACAUUCAAGAUGAGACCAGCAAAGCUCACUCAAGUUUUGAGUACUAUGGUUUCCGGGAUAUGCCUACAGCUCCUUAUGUUCCUAACUUGGCACCUCAGACUACAAAACGAGCACAAACUGCCCCCACCUGGCCAUCACUGACCAAAACAUUUCCUACACGCUCCCCUGCCCCAAAUGUCCUAGACGAUGAGUUCUGUGGUUUCCAACAACUGUUUGAUAUUCCUUGUGUUCCUGCCACAAUAUCACUGACUAAGAAACCAGUGCCAACCACCACCUCCACUAUGCCACUGACCAAAAUACCAUCUGCCAUGGUAGAGCUAUUUGAUUUUGAGUACUAUAGUUUCGAAGAUAUGCCAACAGCUCCUUAUAGUCCUACCUUGGCACCUCAGACUACAAAACAAGCACAAACUGCCCCCACCUGGCCAUCACUGACCAAAACAUUUCCUACACGCUCCCCUGCCCCAAAUGUCCUAGAUGAGUUCUGUGUUUUCCAACAACUGUUUGCUAUUCCUUGUGUUCCUGCCACAAUAUCACUGACUAAGAAACCAGUGCCAACCACCACCUCCACUAUGCCACUGACCAAAAUACCAUCUACCAUGGUAGAGCUAUAUGAUUUUGAGUACUAUGGUUUCGUAGAUAUGCCUAUAGCUCCUUAUGUUCCUACCCUAGCACCUCGGACUACAAAACCAGCAACCGCAAGGCCAAGAGAAACCAAAACUCCAGACUCUACCUGCGUCCCUGCAAUAAGAAUACCAACAUUUGAGUUCUGGUGUUUCCAAGAUAUGUCUACUGUUCCUUAUGAUCCCACUAUCUCAAUGCCGGAGCCCACCACCACCACCACGACGACAGCGGAGCCCUGGACCACCACCACCACGACACCCACCACCACCACCACGACAGCGGAGCCCACCACCACGACGGCAAAGCCCACCACCACAUUAAUAUGCCAUGCCAUUCCACCGUCAAUCACAAUGGAUCCAGAAGAUCUUGAGUUCUGUGGAUUUCGAGAGGUGCCAACUGUUUCUCCUAAUCCUACCAUAGCAUGCCCAACAACCAUGCCACACCCCGCUGAAGGAAUAGAUCCAGAAGAUCUUGAGUUCUGUGGAUUUAAAGAGGUUCCCACCACCUCCACGACAGUGGAGCCCACCACCACGACAGCGGAGCCCACCACCACCACCACGACAGCGGAGCCCACAACCACGACGGCAAAGCCCACCACCACCACCACGACAGCGGAGCCCACCACAACGACAGCAGAGCCCACCACCACGACAGCGGAGCCCACCACCACAUUAAUAUGCCAUGCCAUUCCACCGUCAAUCACAAUGGAUCCAGAAGAUCUUGAGUUCUGUGGAUUUCGAGAGGUGCCAACUGUUUCUCCUAAUCCUACCAUAGCAUGCCCAACAACCAUGCCACACCCCGCUGAAGGAAUAGAUCCAGAAGAUCUUGAGUUCUGUGGAUUUAAAGAGGUUCCCACCACCACCACGACAGCGGAGCCCACCACCACGACAGCGGAGCCCACCACCACGACGCCCACCACCACGACAGCGGAGCCCACCACCACGACGGCAAAGCCCAGCACCACAUUAAUAUGCCAUGCCAUUCCACCGUCAAUCACAAUGGAUCCAGAAGAUCUUGAGUUCUGUGGAUUUCGAGAGGUGCCAACUGUUUCUCCUAAUCCUACCAUAGCAUGCCCAACAACCAUGCCACACCCCGCUGAAGGAAUAGAUCCAGAAGAUCUUGAGUUCUGUGGAUUUAAAGAGGUUCCCACCACCACCACGACAGCGGAGCCCACCACCACCACCAUCACGACAGCGGAGCCCACCACCACGACGGCAAAGCCCACCACCACAUUAAUAUGCCAUGUCAUGCCACCGUCAAUCACAAUGGAUACAGAAGAUCUUGAGUUCUGUGGAUUUAAAAAGAUGCCUACUGAUCUACCAUAG